GAUCGGUAGGGCUGCCUUUGCUGUCUUUUUAUUUUAUUUUAUUCUUUUCUUUUACUGGAAGGGCAUGGAAGGGCACGUGUCCAUUGUCGGAAGAUAUUUUCAAACUCGGAAGUUAGGCUAUGCAAAACGUGGCGCGGUGCAGUUACUGGCAGGAACGUGUACGCGAAAGAUGGGCAUCGAUUGCGACGCCGUGAGACAAAUACCCGAACAAUAAUGGCGAAGAUCUUUUGAUUGAAAGCGAGGUGGUUGGCGGAGAAAGAAGGGAAGAGCGGGACCACGUGGGUUGGCUGCGGUUUCGGUGCUGGUACAAAUGGGGUUAAGGAGACGUUGAUAUUGAAAAUGGAUUGGGUCGAACAUGGUCUCGACUUGCCGGGCUAAGCCUGGCCCACUCUUCUAUCACAAUCCAUGUAUAAAACUAUGUAGUAGAAGGCCUUUCUGCCUGUUGCCUCCGAAUGGGUAAGACAAAUCUCAGCCACUGGAUCGCACUCAUCCACGGCUCCUCCCGCCAAGCCCUCCACCGCCGCACCCUCCAACUCUUCCGACAGAUGCUCCAUCAAGGCUUCGCUCCCGACCGUUACGUCCUCCCCACCAUCCUCCGGGCUUGCGCCCGCAUUCCCGACUCAAACACCGGCCGAGCUCUCCACGCCGUCGCCAUCCGCUCCUCCCUCCACCACGACGCCUUCGUCCGCAGUGCCCUCAUCGACAUGUACUGCAAGUGCAGCCAUGUUCCCGACGCCCGACGCCUGUUCGACGCAACGCUCGACACGGACCUGGUCAUCUGGAACGCCAUCGUCUCCGGCUACGCUCACUUUAUCGCGGCAGAAGCCGCGCUUGUUCUCGCCGUCAAGAUGCCGUCUUUGGGGUUAAAACCCGAUCUUGUCACGUGGAACGCCCUCAUCUCCGGAUUCGCUCACCAGGGCGAGAAUGAAAUGGCCACGGAGUUGUUGAGAUCGAUGCAGUCGGAUGGGAUCGAGCCCGACGUGUUCUCCUGGACCUCCAUCAUCUCCGGCUUUGUGUUCAAUUUCAAAUACGAUAAAGCCUUUGAGAUCUUUAUCCAUAUGGUGAAGAUUGCAAGACUCCGGCCGAGCUCGAUCACCAUCAGUAACCUCUUGCCAGCUUGUGCCAAUGCAGCGGAUUUGCGCCGCGGGAAACAGAUUCACGGCUUCGCUCUGGUUGCAGGAAUUGCAGAGGAUUUGUAUGUUGGUAGCGCGCUGAUUGACAUGUAUACCAAAUGCGGCCUCGCUCACGAAGCGCACAAGGUGUUCGAUGAUAUGCCGGAAAGAAGCACGGUUUCAUGGAAUUCUAUGAUAUUUGGCUACGCUAAUCAAGGCUACUGCAAGGAAGCAAUCGAGCUCUUCUAUCGAAUGGGAAGCACAGGAGAGAGACCCGAUCAUCUUUCAUUUACGGCCGCGCUGUCGGCUUGUAGUCAUGGCGGAAUGGUCGAGCUCGGUAAGGGAUUGUUCCACUCAAUGCAGGCGAAGCACAGGAUCGAGCCAAGGAUGGAGCACUAUGCUUGCAUGGUGGACAUGCUGGGGAGAGCAGGCGAGCUCACAGAGGCCUGCGAUUUGAUCGCAGAGAUGCCCAUGGAGCCUGACGCUUUCGUAUGGGGAGCAUUGCUUGCGGCAAGUCGGAGCCACAGCAAUAUCGAGCUCGCAAAGUUGGCAGCUUCGCAUCUGCUUAAGCUCGAGCCAGAGAGCGCAGGGAGCUGUCUGCUGCUGUCAAAUGCUCUAGCAGACGCUGGGAGACAUAGAGAUGCUGUUCAGGUGAAGAAACUAAUCAAGAGAAGGAAAUUGAGAACGUUGUUGGGUCGCAGUUGGUUGGAAGUUGCAUCAGUGUGAUCAUGCCUUUUGUACCACCUAGGCACGCUCAAACAGAGCCGAUGCCAAUGGCUUCUGAAUUUGAAGAUUUCUAAAGAGGGACGGAGAUUUCAUGGCCAAUGCCAACCAGUGAUAAGCAUGCACAAGGAUGCCAGACAACAUCCAAACUGCAUGUAUUGCUUGAUUAGGAAUUGUAAAGUAGCUUGUUCAUAAGUAGCAAUGAUCAGGAGAACCACAA